AUGUUACAGCAGCAUUUGACACAGCGAGGUUCUACCACCCGAGGCCGCUGGUGUGCGGAGACCCCGGGGGAAGCGACCUUCACCGUGUCUGACCAGGAAGCGAAACCUUCAACCGAGGACUGGGGGGAUAAGAGGGAAGGAGAAUAUAUUAAACUCAAAGUCAUGGGACAGGAUAGCAGUGAGAUUCACUUUAAAGUGAAAAUGACGACACAUCUCAAGAAACUCAAAGAAUCGUACUGUCAAAGACAGGGAGUUCCCAUGAAUUCACUCAGGUUUCUCUUUGAAGGUCAGAGAAUUGUUGAUAAUCACACUCCGAAAGAACUGGGAAUGGAGGAAGAAGAUGUGAUUGAAGUUUAUCAGGAACAAACAGGGGGUCAUUCAACGGUUUAGAUAUUCUUUUUUUUUUUUUUUCCUUUCCCCUUAAUCAUUUUUUAUUUGUAAAAAUAGUUCUUUUGUAAUGUGAUGUUCAAAACAGAAUCGAAAACUGGCACCCCAUCUCUUUAAAGCAUCUGGUAAUUUGAAUUCUAGUGCCCAUUAUUCAUUAUUGUUUCUUUUCAUUGUGCUGAUUUGGUGAUCAAACCUCAGCCCCGUU